GCAGAUGUGGGGAUAUGCCCAAGUUAUGAAUUGGAUCGAGUCAUGGAAGAGUCCCCUCAUUACAUCAUGAGGAUACAUGCAUCACGCCAUCGCAGAGAUUCGCCAACAUUGGAGGCUGAUGAAACGGGGGGCUAAUCAGACAGUCAUCGUGGAGGAUAAUCACAGUUACUACACAUCUCACUGCUACCAGCCCCAUGCUGGAGGGAGUGCAUUCUGGGUAGACCUUGACGAUCCCGCCAUAUCACACGACGUGGAAGCGCCCGAGAUUCUGGCAACACGUGAAAGAAAAGGAACGAAUGUUCAUCUGAAUUUUAUAUUUCCUUUCUAUGGACAUGAUGUCAGGUCCCUCGUUAUUACUACAGGAGGAUUCAUUUAUGCCGGAGCCUACAUCCACAGACACCUAGCAGCCACUCAAUACAUUGCACCGUUGAUGGGCAACUUCUGCCCGUCAGACUUGCCAGCUGCAGGGGUCAGGUUUUACGACAACGGAACUGCUUUGACAGUGGAAUGGAGGGAACAGAAUCUUGUGGACAACAUUCCUGCUGGUUUAUUUACAUUCCAAGCAACACUUUUUGAAGAUGGGAGGAUCCUAUUCGCUUAUAAGCAGGUCCCCAUUCCUAUCUCCAGUAUCUCAGAGGACGGCCAUCCUGUUAAAGUUGGCCUGGCUGAUGCCUACUAUAUUGAUCAAAUGAUUGCUCCAUUUACAAAAAAGCGAGAAAUCUUUGAGUACCAUAAGGUUGAGCUAGACAUGUCCCUUAUCGACAGUGGCACAGCGGUUCUUAUUUCACCACUUCCAACCUGCAAUCAGCAGACUUCUUGCAGCAGCUGUGUCGCCAAUAACAUUGCCUUCAACUGCUCCUGGUGUGCAACACGCAACAAAUGUUCAGACGGGUUUGAUCAUCAUCGUCAGUCUUGGCUUGAGAGUGAUUGUAAUACGCCUGUGAAUUAUAUUGAUGAGAUAACCAAGUGCCCGGGGUACACUCCCCCGCCAUCAACAGAGGCUCCGCCCCCAACAGGGGCCCCGCCCCCAACAGAUGGCCAGCCACCGACAGCAAAACUAUCCACAGCAAAGAGUGCUGCAGCUACAACCAGACAGAAGCCAAAAGCUGGCCCCACAGUUGAUUAUUGCAAAGGUGUCCAGUGUCAACACGGUGGCGUAUGCGAAGAAGGUUUUUGCAACUGUCCACCUAAGUUUGAAGGUGCACGGUGUCAGAAGUACGUCACAGGCCACUGCCAGGGCAUAGUGUGUGAGAAUGGCGGAAAAUGCUAUGAGGGGAUCACCACCCACCUUUGCGACUGUGCGGUCGGAUUCAGUGGCAGAUACUGCGAUGUGGUAGACGGCCCGGCCACCCAUUCUCAGUCUUCAGGUAACCCGGGGCUCACCGUCGGUGCAGUAGUCUGCAUCGUCUUGAUCACGCUGCUUGUUCUGGGUCUCUUCAUUUGGGCGGUCUAUGCGUACCGACACCCUACUUCACCGUCAGGGCUGUUUAUUCUUGAGGCCAAGCACAGAAUAAAGGGCCGAGGUCGGGGGUCAAAUGGCGUCAAGUACAAGUACCAUCAGCAAAUGGACGGCAACCAGAUCGACAUUCAGUUCUGAUCCAGGCGGACAGAAAAGUAUUUUUUUAGUUAACGCAUUGCGGCAACAGUGUAGUCUAGAUUUGAUAAGCUUUGUAUUCUGUUUCCCGAGGCUGCAAAUUUAGCUGGGGAACGAGCUGUGCGUGAUGGUGAAUAUAGCAAGGCGUGACAAAGUAGAGGGCGUUCUUUCAAGAAAAGAGGGCGCUCUUUCAGAAAACCAGUGGGGUGCCCCUUUGAUAUGUCAAAUGCACUUUCAUGCCAUUGUGCCGAGUAAAAGUGGCUAGCUGGCAAUCUUAGUUAUGGAGAUGACGGCUAGACUGUGGUGCUUUAAAUCUUCACUUUUUUUUUUGUUCUGAAAUCCGUGUACUAGCUUGUUGGCCAAAAAAAAUGUGAAAAAAAGGAAUGUUGAAUAUGGCUCCGUGUGCAAACGGUUAACAGAGGUGGGCACGUUCUGACCACUUGCGAGAACCCAUUGGAUGAGACACAAUGUGCGCGUAAUGCUUCACAAGUAUCAGCAUCAUCAUCAUCAUCAUCCUUCGGCUGCGGAGCAGUCGACUACAAGCUUCUUCCAUUUACUGCGAUCAUGGGCAAGUGUUGCGAUUUGGUCUGGUCGCAGCAUGCCAUCACUAUCUCCAAGCAAGCGCUGAAUAUAAGUUAGGUAUGAUGUGCGUUGUCAUCCUGGUCUCCUUCUCCCCUGGGGUGGUGCAUAAAGGGCACUUUGAUACACUUUUGCAGGCUCAUCGUCUGGCAUGCGGAGUAUGUGCCCAAGGAACUUGAGCUGCCGAGUUCUUACACGCUCCACAAGAGGGUUUGAGUUGGUCAUAGUAUAGAUGGUGGCAUUGGGGACAUGAUUGGAACGCUUGAUGCUCAGCAUAAUGCGGUAGCAAGAGGUGGCAAAAGCGUUUAUUUUACUUUCCAUGUCUUUGGAGAUUACCCAUGUCUCACAACCAAGUAUAAAGUGCAAAAAUAUGUGUGAAGAAGUUUAUUCUGAAUAUACACAUUGCCAAGCUACUUGGCAAGAGUAUCGGGCAUCGUCGGCAAUAUAUUUGAAUGUCUCUCCCAGUGGGUCCCCCCCCCCCAACUCUCCAUUCUUGCUAUGGAGGGGUUAUCAGUUGUGCACGGAGCAUAGCAGGGCUAUAAUAGUUUUAGUAGGGUGGCGUGAAAAUUGUGUCAGGGUUUGUGACGGUAUGUGAUGAAUUAGGUGUGCAUAUUCUCUUGAACAUUUGCACACUUUAGUACAUUCGUUUACUUUUCUAAAGAAUUUGUGAAGAUCUUAUUUUUUUUGUUUUAAAUGCAGACAGAAUGUGAAGUCACAGUAUUGCUUUGAACAUUCCAUUUGUAUUGUGUAGAUAGGGUACAUGUAUGUUACAUUUUUGUUUUAUUUUGUAGACAUGAUUUUUCGGAAUGCAGUCUGCUUUGAUUAAUGAAGUGAUUUGUAUGAUUCAAAAUGCUGAUAAUAAUAAUACAGGAGUCUUAUCUACCAGCAAUUAGGUACUCAAGGCGCUGGAAAUUAUGUCUGUUAUUAAAGACAGGUAAAUGAAGUUCAUGAGAAAUAUGAUGUAGCAUAUAUUAAUUAUUAUGUAGCACCUUAUAAGGGUAAGUACAUGCUGCGGCGCAUAUUGCAGCCACUGCCAGAAACACCAGGGCAAACCCCUUCAAGAAUGUGGUUUUUGAAGAAAUAUAAAAGAAAACUGUACUUUCUUCUGGUGCUUUCUUAGUUAGCAUCAGAGUAUUUUGAUUUAAAAAGCUAUUAUUUGUUUCCGUUUUCAGUCUUCUUCCACAUUAUGUUAUUGUUACUAAAUUAAGUGCUUUCGUAAAAAAGGAUUGUGAAUUACAUGUACGCAAGCAACUUUUAAUCAAAGUUGUCGCCUGAUUUUUUGCAGAGAUUGACUAUUAUCAAACUAACGACGCUAAAUUUAUGAAAUUUGUCGAUAUUUUUGUACAUGAUUAUAAUCAGCCCUUAGUGGUGCCAUUUUGUAUUUCUUUGAAACAGUACAUUUUUUGUGUGUGGAGAGUUGUACAUGUAUGUAUAUAGAUUUGUGUUCAUGUUAGGCUUAGGGCUGUACAUGCUUAGGGGAGGGGAAGAGAGUCAUAAUUGUAAAAUCACCACGUGAUGGAUUUUU